AUGUGGGGAGGUGCAACAACCUGGCAGCAAUUGCGGGGAAGUAUCAGCCACCUUGGAAGGCUAAACCCGGUCCCUGAGCAGCCAAGAGAGCACAUUCUCGUUUCGAGCGGCUCGACCCAUCAAUUAAGCAUUUCGCGCGAGAAUGAGAUCACUAGUAACCUAGCAUUUCUGUCUGCAAUUCGGGAUGACAGUCUUAAAGUGAUGGCUGUCUGCAUAGAAGAAGCAUCUAACGGAAAGGAAAUUACGAUUCGGAUUGCGUCGAAUACCGGAGAUCUCUCGGAGGUUACAAGCGGGUUUAAAAGACUUGCCCGGUCUUUAGAGCAAGCAGCACGGCGAGAAAUUUCCAGAGCUCAAGCCAAAGAAGCCGUUUUCCAACAUGUAGUGGUCUUAGAUCUCCCAAGAAUUCUAUCAAGAUUACGGUCACGACAUGCCAGAACUACCCGGAAGACUGCAGGAAGGCCAGCUCUUACUAGUCAGCUAAGCCAAAUUCUUAAUGAUAAGUCCAUAUCAGUCACGGCAAAAUUCACAGGAAGUCAACUGGAGGGUGCAAGAGGAAGGGCGGAGGCGCUACAAAGUUUAUUCACCAGGCUUGAAAGCAUACCGCACCUAUCAGCCGGUGAUAUCCAGGUGCAAGAGGUCGUUCAAAAUAUAGUAUAUACAGCCCACAAACUCACCGAGGAAAUCGAUCUGAGCGAAGUUAUUUACACAUUCACAGGCGAUCCAAGCUUAAAAAAAUACCUGCCAGAAGCGGUGGGCAAGCUUGGUCGGUAUUACUCCGCGGUAUUAGAGCUUGUCUGCGCCGCGAGGGACAAGGCGUGCCAGAUGUUCCAAAAGAUUCAUGUAGAACCCUUCCAAGUCGCUAUUCCUGCCUCUGUCCUAGAACCACUUUACAAGGUUCACGCUGAAAUACAACUUCUCUUCUUUUACGAGCUUGACCCAGACCGACCUCGACCCAGAAUUAUCUGCUCGAGCAAGAGUGCUUGCUAUCUGUGUAACCUGUUCUUCCAGAUCCAUGGUGGUUUCAGCGUGCCCCGAACACAUGGCAGGCUUUACAUGAAAUGGAUCUUGCCAGAUUGGUUGAAUGUCCCUACGCAACGACGUGGAGAGCUUGGAUCCUUGGCAACCCAGUUGCAGGCAGUGCUGGAGAACAAAAUCCGAAUAGUCUCGAAAUCCAAGAAGAGUAUAUGCUACCAUCCAAACGAGAGCAUCUUACUGCCACGUGGUCAUUGGCCGUCGUCGUCUGCUGUUUCUAGCAAGAUGACACUCAACCCUUUGGCUUCAACGUCUACACUUCGCCCGAGCCAGCCUUUUGCCCAGCCUGGAUUAUCAAACAGCACCAACUUGCCUCUUACUCCACCAAGGACACCGUUUCAGUCAUGUGCUGCUGCUAGAAGCGAUUUAGAUACAAUAGCUUCAAGAACGAUCGAACUGACAGACUAUGCGGGGAACACGCCAAGUUGGGAGAAUAUCUCUUUAAUAGAUAUCGGAUAUAGCGAGCUUCCAUAUAGUCAAUUCAUCGUGUUGACGACGCCAUUACUUCACUUACAACUGAACGAGUUAUCUCUUACCUUGGAUUUUGCUAGAGUGACUUCCGGCCAUCUAUCUAUCGAGCCUGUAAGAGAGGACUCGGCUAGGAAUAAGGAAGUUCACGUUAUCGAUGUCAAAGAUAUUCCGACGACGACAGAACUAACAUUGGAUUGCCCGCGAGGCUCAAACAAGCUUACAAUUCAGUUGCAAAGUGCUCGGAAAGAAUUUGUUUGUAUUAAGUUUGUAUGGGAUGGUCCUGUAAUAGAAUAA